ACUAGUUAGUGUAUUACGAUUAUCGUGCGAGCUCAGACACAAACUUUAAGUCUACUACUAACUAGGUAUUUAAUAUAGUACAUAUAUUGUGAGAGACGAUCGGAUGCUUAGAUAUUCUGGUGGCUGACUAACGGAACGAACGCAUUGUCAAUCGAGUUUUUCCUGCAACAGGUUGUUGUUUUCGCGUAACAAAGAAUCCAAAAAACAAAUAUAAAUAAAUAAAUUUAUUUAUUUAUUAUCAAAAGAAAUUGAAAAUAAAAACAAACUUGAACUCAAAACGUUUGAGUUAAAUUUUUGAGAAAACAGUUUUACGUUUGCUGUUUUGUAAAAUCAGUUACAAUUUCAACUUUUAACAUAAAUGAACGAGCAGGCAUCUUUUCCUUUCUGUUGUUUAGCUUUCCGAAAAUUCAAUUCGAAAAAAAUAAUAAUAUGAACUUAUGAACAAAAUAUGUAUUUGUAUGUUUGUAUAAAAAUGUAACGCUCAAAAAAAAAAAAAUCUACGACAGUAUUUAAAUCAAUUUAGUGCACAAUUUAAUUUUAAUAAGAUCUUUCUUUCUUUUGCUGAACAAUGAAAAUUCACAAUUUUAUUGUUAAACACUUGAUGUGAAUUUAACUUCUAUCGUUUGUACGUAACUAAACGCCUAAAACGUGAUCAGAAAUUUUGUGAAAGCAGAGAAAGAGAAACGAAACAAUUUAGAAAAUACUUAUAUAUCGAAGCUGUGCCUUAUUUGCAUUGGAAUAAACUACAAAAAAAGAUCGUCAAAUAACUUUCACCAACUAACAACGUCACUAAGUAUCUUAAAAAACCAUACAUUAUUAAAACGAUUUUGAACGGAGGAGAUGAACUAAAAAUUCCUAGGAAAAUUUCCAAUAGCAACGUUUUGUCCUAAAUCUCUUACUUUUCCCUCUCACAAACAUCAGCAACAAACAUAACGUCAAAUGUGCAAUAAUAAUUGGAAAAUUUUAUGAAAAAAUUAUAGUUUAAAAACUAUUUAAAGAUUUACAAAGCUAAUUAAACAAUAACAAUUAUAAUCAGACUAGUAAAUAGCACAAACACUAUAGAGAGGGAGAUAAUAAUUUACAAGCAAAUCAACAUACAUAACAAACAAACAAAUAAACAGCUACAACAACAACAACAACAGAAAAUUAUAAUAAUAAACAAUUAUCACAUCAUCAAGACUCAUAAUUAUUUAAAACUACCACCCUCCUACGACUACAAUCGUAAUAUUUGAAAAUAUUUGAAAAAACAAACAAUAUUGAGACAAAGGGAAACGGAAACCCUUAAACAUCAUGUUGGAUGUAUUAAGGGGGAAGGCACCUUGACAUUUUGUUAUUUUCUCACAUCGAGAGCCAGAGGAGCACAAACACAUAAAGAAGAAGAGAGAGAGAGAGCGAUAUUAUCAAAACAACAAUUUGAAUUAUGAUGUUAAUUGUAUUACUACGAUUAUUGGAACUAAAACGCAAUUAAAUAUACAAAUAUAUGCCCAGAUUUAAUGUCUAGACGAUAUACAACAAAUAUUUAGAGAUUUUAACUAAAACAAACAUUUAUUUUUCUAGAAAAUGUAUUCUAAUAAUUCAUAAAACGCAAAGCAGAAUUUUGUCAAUUAACACUACAUACAACUCCAGCAACUGCCUUUUAUCAAAGAUUUACAAACAUAAUAAUAAUAAUAAAAAAGAAAUUAAGGAGUCUCAAUCCCAAACAAUAUCACUAUCACUCACUAUGAUGCUUACUAGUGAUACGACACAUUCAAAUCUAUCUACAGCACCAUGUCUUACAAGCUGCCACAAAUCUCAACAUCACCAACAGCAAUCGUUAACUCAUCCUCUACAGAAUGCACCUGCCACAAAUCACACAUCGACCUCCACAAAGAAACCUCGAAGUCUACACGAUAUGCUACUCGAAACCCUAGACUGCGUACUCUCAUGUCUAAUUGUAGCACCCUGCGUCAUUGCCUAUUGGCGCGGCACUUGGGAAUUAAUCGGUGUUCUAAUCUUCCCCAAGAGUGUGCCCCUGUCAGCGCUCUGCUCGUUUCUCAUCGGUGGCCUGGGUCACAUGCUGUUCACACUGACACAACGUUUCUUCAUAGAUAACAUACAUCCGGACAAACAUCGUCUUACCUUCUAUGUUUUCUCACGUUGUUACACAUUCAUCUUUGGCAUUGUGUGCGUCAACAUGUGGAGAGGGUCAUGGGUACUGUGCGAUUGGUUGACCAGUGCCGAUUCGUUAAUUAUUAUUUGUGUAGUAACACUGGUGGCCCUGCUGUUUCUAAUCGCCACACGUACCGUACGAAAUUUGGGUGCUGCUCCAUAUUCCGUAAUUAUGGAUCAUAAAAGCGAUUAUUUUGAAGUGGAAACAAUGUUUAAAGUGGGGGGUUUCCAUCAGCCCGGCUUAUAUGUAAUGGAUACAUUGUUUUCGGUAUUUGUGAUUGGUUCACUUGUGGUCAUAGCUUGGAGAGGUCUGUGGGGCAUAAUGGAUCUGACGCUGUUUCCCGAAGACAGAGCGAAAUCAGCAUGGGGAUCAUUGAUCUUGGGUUACAUAGCAGUAUUCUUGACGUUUAUUUUGCAACCUUUUGUGCGUUGGGUAUGCAAACGCAUCGAUGGUCUAAUGAAAUUGGUAUUUUGCGAUGUUUAUUAUUUUGCUGAAUUUUUUGGAGCUGUCAAUGCCUGGCGUGGUAUAUGGAAUCUUUUGGAUGUUUAUUUGUAUCCAGAUAAUAAAAUUUUGAGUUACUGGUUAACACAUCUGAUACCAUUUCUUAUAUUGGCCGCUUUGAAAUGUUCCAAUUCCAUAUUGGUGCGUGGUGUUUACAUAGAUGCCGAUGGCCCUGGUGGCGAAUGCGUCGACAUACCGAUUAAUUAUGUGAAAUUACAUUUUGAAAGAGAACGAAAUAAAAAGAGCAGCGCUAGCCAAAUAUACUCCCAAUCAAAGCCUAAUCUUAUAAUCAAAUCGCCCCAUGACAAGGAGGCGCAGUGUGUGCUAAUUGAAAAGCCAACGAAACCCGAAAUAAAAAUACAAUCUGGAAUGGAUGCAACGCAAUUGGUUUAACACCAUGACUGGACUGAGUUAUCAAAAUAAACAAAAAUUUAUUUUUUUUUUUAAUUUAUAGUUAUGUAUUUCACAAAUACUUAAAAAAUGAAAGAAAAUAACAAAAUUUGUUAUUUUAUGUUUUAGAAUAUUAUCAAGAGAAAAAUGUGUUGUUGAAAUUAAUAUUAAUUUGAUGAUUACAACAUUAAAGUAGAGAGUAACAAAUAAUUAUGUAAAAUUGUACAAAAACAAGAUUUAAUUUUAAGUUAAAAAAACAAAAACAUUCCUUGUGUAAUCAUAAGUCUCAAUAGUCUAGAAGUCAAAGCUAAAUUAUUAUAAACUAAUGUUAUCAACAGAUCAAUUGACCCUAGGACAUUCUGGGACAUAUAUGUAACUUCAAGAAUCCAACUUGUUACCUGUACGAGCAAAAUAUUAUACGAUCAAAUAUGCAGUGAAAUUGAACAAAUUUAAAUUUAUCCAGAUAAAGUCAGUUUUAGCAUUAAACUCCUUCUAACUAUGUAACAGUAUAACAUUGUAAGGACGUACAUAUUUAUUUAAAAUCAUUUUAGAUUAAAUCUAUUCUAUAAGAAAUGAAAAACAAAGAGAUUAACUUUAACUCAUGUUCCGCAUAAAUUAUAAAUGAAAUCAAUCAAUCAACAAUAAAUGUCCUUAUUACUGCAGCUCUUUUUAAAAUGUCAGGUUUUUCAUUAUUUGUUACUCAUUGUAUUUUAUAUUUUAAGUUUUUAUUAUAUUUAGGUACAUUCCUCGUUGUUAAACAAUUUAUUAUUUAGUUGAUAUUAAUUAUAUUAUAUUAUGUAUAUGUAUGUAUUAAUGUAUUCUCUCAUUAUCAUUAUUAUUAUUAUUACUAUUAUUACUAUGUCUGUAAGUACGAUUUUUUAGCAAAAUUUAAACAAAUUAACAGAAAAAAAACAAAAAUACAAAUCGAAAAUAAAAAUAAAUUUCUCAAAAUACGAAAA